AGGAGAGGAGGGGAUGCUGGAGACCGUGCGGGAGGAGCAGUCUCUCGAGCCGCACACGAGUGAGGAGCCUGGAGCCGCGCGCGCAGACGUGAAAGUGUGAUCGUAAAGUAAAGGAUACUACACACACUGUGGAGGACUAACAGUCAGAACUACAGAUCGACUACAUGCACCAUUCUCUCUAGCUGUAAGAAAACCAGACACUGAAGUUCACCAUGGAUUUUGUAAUGAAGCAAGCAUUGGGAGGGGCCACCAAAGACAUGGGGAAGAUGUUGGGUGGCGAGGAGGAGAAAGAUCCAGAUGCUCAGAAGAAGGAAGAGGAGAGACAGGAGGCUCUGAGGCAACAGGAGGAGGAGAGGAAGGCUAAACACGCUCGCAUGGAGGCUGAGAGGGAAAAGGUCAGACAGACCAUCCGAGAUAAGUACGGACUGAAGAAGAAAGAGGAGAAGGAGGCUGAGGAGAAAGCAGCGAUGGAGCAGGCAUGCGAGGGCUCACUGACCCGCCCUAAAAAGGCCAUCCCUGCAGGAUGCGGGGACGAGGACGACGAGGACGAGGAGAGCAUUUUAGAUACCGUUCUGAAAUUCCUGCCUGGACCUCUGCAGGACAUGUUUAAAAAGUAAUGGACACAAGACUCUGUCCUCGGGAUUGGUGGGUGUUUUUUUUCUUUUGUGGGGUGGAGGGGGGGAGAAAAGAAGAUGUGUAGUUUGGGAUUGGAGCAUCGUGGGUAUGUUGCCAAACUGUGGAAGGCUUUUCACUGCCUUGAAGAAGUCUUAGUUUUUCUUUCUACUGUUGUAAACAAUUAAUUCCCCUACAAGGUUUUCAAGUAAGGUUUUCACUGCCAUACAGGUUCAAAUUGUUUACACUUUAAAGGUCUUUCUAUUAGUUGACUUAUAUGCACAACCACGGCCUCAUACAUUCGGUGGGCCAAUUGUGGGCCAUCAGUAUUUAGGUGGUCAAGCCUAAAUAGUAAAGGGAACAAUGUCAAGGUACACAUUCCAUACAGAUGACACUGCUGAACUGGGAUGGCACUGGGAUGCACUUAGCUUGGUUCUUUAUCCCCCCUUGUGUGACACUUUGAGGGCAAUUUACAACAGCAAUUUAAGCAUGUUGCCUUCCAUUGACUUCCUAUGCAUGGAAGUAUAACUGAUUUUAUUUUUUGUUUGUUUUUUUUUUUUUUUCUGGGAAAAAAGACUGCAGACAUCUCUGUUGUGAAAUGCAAGACGUCAGGUUGUGAUAUGUUUUGAAUGGAGUGGAAAAAAACUGCAACCUCCCAACAAAACAGUUGUUUACUUGGUUUAUGUCUUAGGUUUGGAGCGCUUCUCGUAACAUGCCUGAGAGGUGAGAUGAUUGAUUGUCUCAGUAAUGCCAUUCCAGACCACCUGAAUGCUAAACUUGUAUGCAGUCUGGAAGUUCUCACUUCUUCUUUUUUAAUAUUAUAUUAUUAAUAUUUUGUUAUUGUGUGUGUGAGAGAGAUUUUAAUCCUGUUUGCAUCAGUCCUGCCAACUUAAGAUUUAAGGAGAGGAAAAUGUCUACAUUUGCACUGGGUUAAAACACUGCCACAUUCUACUUAAUGAAUGAUUUAUAGGGCCAAAUCCUUUCUGCAAAGGAUUUUUUCUUAAAACAUGAGAACAUCUAUCACACAUGCAUUAGUAGUCAUCUAAAUCAAUGCAUUGGAGGGAGCUAGAUUUUGUUCAGACAAAAAAGCAAGCAGAUUUGUUUGAAGCUGUUAAACCUGCCCCAGAGACAAUCAACAGUAAUCACUGCUAGUGGAGAAACUCCUCCAUCCUGCCACAUAAUUUAUAUAAAUAUAUAUAAAUCAUAUAUUAAGACCAAUGGGACCAAAUGCAGGCCUUGCAGUUUACUUCAGCCGAACUAGACUAUUGUAAAAUACGUCUUAUAUAACAUAUGAUACAAUACUGUAUAUGAUCUCCAAAAGGAUCUCUAAUUGGCUAAUUUUAAAACCACCAAUUUGCAGACGCCUCUUCUUUUCUGUACAAUACUUUUUCCUUCUCUUCAUUGUUCCUGACCACCAUCAUUAGACCAAAGAAGUUCUCAUUUUGUUUGAACCUGACUGGCGUUCAGGGCAAAUUUUGCUAUCUGCCACGAACUGAUAACUGAUCAGAUAACUGCCAGGGCUUUCAGAAUUUCUGCAGUUUACAUUUAGCCCUUAAAUAAAAACUUACAAAUUCAAUUAAAUCUGAUGAGAUUUCACAGUCUAGCUCCUAGCUGUCUAACAUUAUCAAAACCACAUGUUCUUAAUUAUUUACUUUUUUGUCUAUUUUUUUUUUUUUUUUAGAUUUAAUUAAAUCAGAGGUGUUUCCAGAUUUUUUAGGAUCUGCCACGAUUAAUCUAUCCGAUAAUCAACUCAUUCAUUUCAAACAUAACAAAACAGUAUGUGCAGCUAUUGGACCUCUUCAUCUCUUUCUAGUCUUUAAACCACCAUGUAAUUUCUAACAUUACAAAAAUAACUAAAAAACAACAGAGUCUUUGGUUAAAAAGCUGGUUUAGUUGGAUGAAUGUGGCUGGAAGCCUUUCAGUGUCUAAAGCCUUUUUUCUGUAUUCCUUUUCAUUUUAAAUCCAUUAAAUUUAGAGAAAAAUCAAUAAUUAACAUUGAAUUAACAACACUUUUUGGGAGGGGAGGUAUUUAUGUGUUAAGUGAUCUCAUUUAAAAAGUCAGGUAAAGAAAAUGUCCUGGGUUUAGUACUGCAUGAUGGACUCUAUAUUCCCUUUAUCUAUAGUGAACAAGACAAAGAUAGUAGUUAUCAUUAGUAACUAUGUAGAAAAUAAAAAAGAAAGAAAGAAAAAAAUGAAUUUGUACAUUUUAAAUGUGGUGCAACCCAAUUUAGAGAAAUUGAGUAAAUUGGCUUUUAAUGCAUCAAAUUACAUUACGAGUCAAUAAAAAAGGUUAGGAAUAGUUUUAGGUCGAUACACCAGGUGAGUUUUCUAUUUCUCAUAGAAAGUAAACAAGUACAAUGUAAACUUUUUUUCUAGUGCUGAAAGUUUUUUCACUAGUUGAAGCCAUAUUGUUUAGACUGCAAUAAUUAAUGAAGAAUAAUAACUAGGUAAUUCACCUUUAGUCAUGCAUUUGUUUGCUGUAAAGAUGUAAAGGUUUGUGGAUCCUAUCUACCUAGCUUAUGUGUCUUUAUUCUCUUCCAUCGAAAAACACGUUUAAAAAAACCAUUGUUAAUGUCCUCUGUAUGUACCUCGAGUUCUGUGUGUAAGUGUGUCUACGUCUGUGCUUGGUCGUACUGUAAAACCCGUUGUUGGUUCAUGUACUAUGUGGAUGCUGUGGCUGUCAUAAUGUUCUAAUGUGCACCAAUCAAACCGUCUCAUUGUCUCGGGGUCAGCGCAGGCUAAUGUCCAACAUGCAUGCAGUCUGAUGCCAAAACACAAGGUCCUGUGCUGUGUCUGUGUCCCUGUCCCUGCAACAGAAGCUGCUCACUAGACUGAAGGGUCCAUUUUCUAUUAUGAACGAAUGAAUAAAUGAAUGAAUGAAUUAAUGAUUGAAUUAGUCCCUGAAUUAAGACCACUGCCUAGAAAUACGUUUAUAGCUAACAACAAGCAGGCCCUGUGGACUUCUGCUUUUCAACAUUCAUGGUCGAGGAUUAACAUGUUUGUAAGUAUGUAGUUUUAACUCUCAUGUUAUGAUUGGGGUCCUGAAGACCACAGACUCUUUUUAAAGUAUAUAUUAAAAAAAACUUCACACUGUUUUAUCUGCUUGAUACUUGAUUUAUUUUAUGAAUAAAUAUUAUUGUGACCUGG